CCUCAGACAGGGAUUGUAAAUUCGAGAUAACUAGACAGUCUCUGUCCAUGAACGGACUCGAACAGACGUGCGCAUCUUUGCGCACGCAGAUUGCUGCUACUGAAGCCAAACUUGCCGACCUGAAGCGUGAGCUCGAAGUCGCAGAACAGGCUGCCGCGAGCCACAAAAGCCAGAAUGCAGCGGACGCUGAAAAGGGAUCUGAGAGGAGGUGGCCCCUUCUAGACGAAGAGUAUCGACGCUAUGGAAGGCAGAUUAUCGUGCCACAGCUAGGAAUACAAGGGCAGCUGAAACUCCGGUCGGCGAAGGUGUUGAUUGUAGGGGCUGGUGGGCUGGGAUGUCCGGCAGCUUUGUAUCUUGCUGGAGCAGGUGUUGGUACGCUCGGACUUGUGGAUGGAGAUUCUGUGGAGUCGUCGAACCUUCAUCGUCAGGUCUUACAUCGGACAAGGAAUAUCGGGAAGCUGAAGGUGGAUAGUGCUAUUGAGUACUUGAAGGAGCUGAACCCUCACUCCAAAUACAUCGCUCACAGGGAACAUCUAGCGCCUGAAGCUGCCCCAGAGAUCUUCAGCAACUACGACCUGAUUCUCGAUUGCACGGAUAACCCCGCGACUCGAUAUCUCAUCUCGGAUACUGCGGUGCUCCUGGGUAAACCACUGGUGUCGGCCUCUGCUCUGCGCACAGAAGGCCAACUCAUGGUAUUGAACAAUCCUCCUCGACCUGCCGGCGACAAGACCGGAGGUCCUUGCUACCGCUGUGUAUUUCCGAAGCCGCCCCCGGCGAAUACUGUCACAAGCUGCGCGGAUGGGGGUAUCGUGGGCCCCGUGGUAGGAACAAUGGGCGUUUUGCAGGCCCUAGAAGCAAUCAAGGUAAUUACAGCAGAUGAAACAUCCAAACCCCCGCCGCCAUCAUUGCACAUCUUCUCCGCAUACUCUACACCUCUCUUCCGCACGAUCAAACUCCGCUCUCGUCGGCCAAAUUGCGCGGUGUGCUCCGCCGAGGCCAGCGUCACGGUGGAUACUGUACGCUCUGGCUCUACCGACUACAUCUUCUUCUGCGGCACCGCAGCUCCAGAAAACUUGCUGUCACCCGAGGAGCGCAUCACACCGCGCGAGUAUCGUACAAGGCAUCACGGCAAGGAGGAAAAGGAACCGACGAUCAUCGAUGUCAGGGAGAAGGUCCAGUACGACAUCUGUAGUCUGGACAAUAGCAUCAAUAUCCCGAUAUCCACGAUUCUGGCUUCUUCGGCGAGCGCUAUGAGUAACGGGGACUCGUCGGCCGAUGGUGUGCCAGCGUUACCUCCAUGGGUGCCGGCGGACGUAGCGUCAUCGCAGUCUACUGACCCAGUGUAUGUGGUGUGUCGACUGGGCAAUGAUUCCCAGGUUGCUGUUAAGAAGCUGAAAGAGCUGGGAUUGGAUCAAGGAGGGAAGAGGGUCGUGGCUGAUAUUCGGGGAGGAUUCCGUGCCUGGAAAGAGCAGGUUGAUCCUGAGUGGCCUGAGUAUUAGAGUUCAUAGACUAGAUGAUCGUACUGUAUGUAAAUAGUUGACAAUGGACACGGUAUAUGACGC